CUGGGUUGCUGGAUUUUAUAGAAACAAUUCCAAAAAAGAAAGGCCUUUAUUCUUGACAUGCAGCCCAAAUUCAGGUUUCAUUCUGAAAUGAUCUAUGAAUUCAGAUUAGAUCUUGACUUGGACAUUUACCAGAGAAACAUCCUUAUUUAGUAGAUUGGAAUUAGAUUGGUUACCUUGGAAUAAAUAUUUCUAACUUCUCCUAGAAUUAUCAAAAUGUUGUUCCACAUCCGGAGAUUUAGCCAUGCUUUUACCAAUAGUGUUGCUAGGAAAUUACUCAAUCAUUGUUGGCUAUUAUUAUUUUCUUUUCGUUUUACCCUACAUACGCAUCUACAUUUAGGAAAUUAAUUAACUAUCAGCAUUCAGGAAAUUAAGCAUCCAUCUACAUUUGAGCUUGUGAACUUGAGAAAUCUUGAAUAAAAUUUUUGACAUAAUAUGUUAUUUGGUGGUGAGUUUAUAUAUAAAUGUCAGUUGAGGUUAGACUGAGUUGUAAAUAAAUACAAAUCGGUUGAAGUAUGUUAGAAAUUCUGGAAAGAACUGCCACAAUUUUGUGCUAUAAUAUCAAAUAUAUAUAAUUGCAUUGCAUAAUGCAAGUGCCCCAUCAAAGGCCAGGUCUACUUCUUCCUUUUAUUUUUUAACCAUAAACCCAUUGUUAAGCAAUAGGUCCAGAAGAAAUAUAUAAAUAAUAUAUAUAUAUAUGUAUAAAAUAAAUACACACACAUGCAUAAAAACAUGCACACAAUAUUUUUUUUAUACCUAACCUAUAUACACUUUUUCUUUUACUUUUUGAUAUGUAAGAUGUGGGCUUUACAAUAAGAGAUAGCAUUCUCUAUUUUAGAAACCCUCCCCAGUCCCUAGUGCAUCCAAUGAUUUGAACCUGAUCUCUUGAAAUAGAAGUCUCGCAUUUAAUCUAUAUGGGGUAUCCUGUAGGAAAAUAAUAAAAUUACUUCUUUUUUUUAUCAACCAAAUAGUAAAGUUACUUACUGCAGGAAGCUAUUUGAUUCUAUGUUGUUGUUUCCUUUCUUCCCACAACGGCAAGAAACUGAAACUAGUAAAGGUAUUUCUUCCACCAUGGCACAUGCCUCUUGGCCCAGCGAGUCACUAACUUGUUUUAUUGAACUUGUUUGCAAUGCUUGGAUAGUAUAACAGCCUUAUUUUGAAAUGUAACUUGUACUUGUUAAAUUGUAAUAUUAUUUUUGACGUUUAGUUAUUUUUUUUGAAGAUUAUUAAUUAUAUUUGUUGAUCAACUAUCCUUUUGGCUCCUAUCUGCUACCUAAACUGUGCUUCUGAUGCUAAUUCUAGUUUAUUAAUAGUUGAGGAUAGCUAUUGCAUAAUUUUUUUCACAUGAUAUAUAUCCUCGUGAUGUUUUCAUAAGAUAUUUAGAAUCUUAUUGUGUUUGGUCCAGGUUGAUCAGAAUUGUCACUAACAGCUUUCCUCAUAAAUGCAUGCAAUGGAAGGAGAUUGAGACUUUUGUAUACUUCAUAAUGAAAAUUCUUGAAAAACUGAUUACCAAAAUUCAAUAUGCUCUCAUGGACCAGAGAGCAAGACAGUGAUUUGAGGAUGGUGGCUCAUUCUAUGUUAUUAAUAUUUUCCUUCCCCUACCUUUUCUGGUGGUGGUAUCAGCCACGUUUAUGCAUUUUUUUAAACCUGCAGAACAGGUUUCAGGGGACAAAGACUAGGAUAGGUUGAAAUUUUUAUACUUAUCCAGCUUUCACCUCUUCUAUUAGGAUUUUCUAGAAUAGGGGAGGUGGAGCUGUUUGGGUUGCUGUGCACUAACUGCUAACAUCCACUUGCAUGAAUUUGAUUGUUAACAAUAAUCAUUUUAGUUCUCUCAUGUGCGCGCCAUUUAACUAUCAUUUUGAUUUUCUAUAAUUUGGUCUUACCAGACAUUUGGAAUUGAUUUGUCCUUGCUUUAUUUGCAAGUAAAUGUAAAUUCAAAGGUAAAAUCUGCUUUGUUUUUAUUUGCGUUCUGAAAUCGUUUGAAUGAUGAAACAUUACAUUUUCAGUCAUCCAAACUCUCAUACAUGUGCUUUUUCUUUUGUUUA